AGUUGUUUGGUUGGUAGCGGUUCGUUGGCAAAGCAGCAAACCACAGCAUAAAAUGAAUGCACACAAACCAAACCAAACUCUGUUGGCAACAAACGACGACAACGACGACGAUGACAGAUCGCACCAGCGGCAGCGGCAGCGGUGGUGGCGAUAGUGGAGGUGGUGCUGAUGAGAAGCGCGGGUCUUCGGGAACGCAGGUGGUGCUGCCGCGCAGCAGCUUGCCUGGAGAACGGAGGGUGAUUCGCUUCAGAACGCAUUUUGUCAACACGGUGGUGGAUGUCAUGACGCACUUGGGGUGGCAGCAGGUGCAAGGGCAGGAGGAAUGGGACAUGAACUGGUGUGAUGUAGGCUGGGUGCGGGAGGCCUUUGAUGGCCGCCAGCUACCAGACCACGCGCGCGUGCCGCACUUCCCAACACACUACGAGCUCACGCGAAAGGACCACAUGGCGAAGAACGUCAAGAAGAUGAAGCGCAAGCUGGAGCGCGAGGAAGGAAAGGCCGCCGCCAAGCGCUGCGACUUUAUGCCAGAAACGUUCUGGCUUCCACACGACUACCGCAUGUUUGUGGAGGAGUUCAAGCGCAAGCCGGGUACCGUGUGGAUCAUGAAGCCCGUUGGCUCUGCGCAAGGCAAAGGCAUCUUCCUUGUCUCGAAGCUGUCGGAGCUCAUGGAGUUCAAGCGGGACACGCGCUUCGACCACCAGCAGCGCGACGACGAGCGCCAACAGGCGUACAUUGUGCAGCGCUACCUGCAGAGGCCAUACCUCAUCGGCGGCAAGAAGUUUGACCUGCGCAUCUACAUCCUUGUAACCUCGUACAACCCGCUUUGCUUCUGGCUCUACCGGGAAGGGUUUGCCCGCUUCUCCGGUGCGCCCUUCUCCAUGGAGGACCUGAGCAACGCCUUUGUGCACCUGACCAACGUCGCCAUCCAGAAGCAGGCCGCAGACUACGACAAGUCCAAAGGGUGCAAGUGGCUCAUGUCACAGGUGAAGCGGUACCUGCAGGCACGACACGGCCGCGCCGCCGUGCAGAAGUUCCUGCGCGACGUCGACAACAUCAUCCUGACAUCUUUAGAGGCCGUGCAACCGGUCAUGUUCUCUGACAAGCACUGCUUUGAGCUGUACGGCUUUGACAUUCUCAUUGACGCAGAUCUCAAGCCCUGGCUGAUUGAGGUGAACGCCUCCCCAUCCCUCACCGCAGACACCGCUUCAGACUAUCGCUUCAAGUACGGCAUGCUCGAGGACAUGUUCACCGUCAUCAACAUCGACGACAGGCGCGUUGGAGACGAGGUUCGUGUCGGAGGAUUUGAUCUGGUGUGGAACGACGGUCCCGUGCACAGACCAAACCCAUUCAACCCAGCAGACAAGUCCACGCCAAACUCGAACCUUGGCGGGUCUUUACUGGACAGGAAGGAGAACCUGCUUCAUAUCCACAAGCGCGCAACAGAGAAGUUGCAAGCCAAGCAACCUUCCUGACACCAUUGUGGUGGUGGUGGUGGUGGUCGUCGUCGUCGUCGUCGUCGUCGUCGUUAGUGCUCUUUCCAGCUUGUUUCUUCUUGUUCUUCUUGAUGUGGCACACAACACACACAUGCGACACAGAACCUGCGAUGCUUAAUUGACAUGUACAAAACCAUCCUGCUGGUGUUGAUGCUUCCUUGCCCUGCCCGCUGGCUCGGGCUGCGCUGAAAUUGCUCGCCGCAUGUGCACCUGCUAUGCCCGUACAAGAAACACUCACUUGUCAUUGUGUUGAUGCGUGCUGGUUCGUUUCUCUCCCUGUUUGUGUGUGUGUGUGUGUGUGUGUGUGUGUGUGUGUGUGUGUGUGUGUGUGU